AUGACCUACGUUACCGUUAUCAACCCCCGCGAUCCUGGCCUAUUCUCCGGCCAAGAUAGUGUCGACGUUGAGUACUGGCUCAACCUGUAUGCGCUUAUUAGCCAAAACAACCAUCGGGACCCUACCAUUAUAUUAGCGAAUGUCCUAUUCUGCUUGGGCGGAACUCCUCGUGUCCGGUUCCGAACACACGAGGAGGAGAACUCUAGCUUGGAGGCUUUCAUGGAGAAGCUCGGUGACCUCUAUGGAAAUCGCACCGGUCGGCAACUGGCUGCUAGAAAAGAGCUUGCUACCCGAGCGAUUGCCCGCCCACCUAUUGAUCUUCUAAAGAAUGACGUGGUGUUUACGUGGGGCCCCGCUCAAACUUCCACGUUUGCCUUGCUCACCAACAUUCCCACCACGCCACCUAUACUGGCCCACUUUGACCCGUCCUCUUACAGAGGUCAGUCCACCGCAGCGGAAGCCAGGAUCAUUGUCGACCGAAAGGCGCUUACAAAUUGCGCGCUCGAGAAGCUGGACUCAAAACAGAAAGGGGCAAAAACACUUGGUGCAGCAGCUGCUGAUUUGCUACAUAACGCGCUCAUCGGGACUCCGUCGUUUUUACUCGGACUGUUUCCCAUCCUAUCGUGGUUGAGGACCUACAACCUGCGGACGUUCCUGCUACCGGACGUUCUUGGCGGACUCUCAACUGUCGUUAUUAACGUGCCACAAGGUCUCGUGCUGGCCAUCAUCGCCGGAGUCGAUCCAGCGCUGGGCCUCUACAGUACGCUCUAUCCGGCACUGGUCUACGUCAUCAUGGGAACUUCUCCUUACGUAUGUAUGGGCAUGGUACCAGUGUCGGCCCUCAUGACCGGAGUUGUCGUGAAGAAGUACACUGUUGUCCCGGACAAUGGGACUCUCGUUGAAAACGGUGUCGACGAACUUUCUAUGGAGCGGUCAGGUGCUGACGUGGCCAUUACGCUUACGUUACUCUGUGGGCUAAUUCAGGUCGGUCUGUGGUUGCUGCGGCUGGACCGAUUGGCAGCGAUCAUCUCACCUGUAACAGGCGAGGCUUUCCUCUCAGGCUGCUCUCUCGUCGUGAUCAUCAGCCAGCUGCCAUCGGUAUUCGGCGUCGACGUCAAGCCCACGCAAGGUCUCUUUGGUGCAUUUCAGACAUUAUACCACGUGUCGAAGAGUGUCCCAAGAAGUAACCUUGCCACUUCGCUGCUAUCACUGGCCUCGUUCGUUGCGCUGGUACUCGCGAAAGGUGUCAUCGCCCGCAAGAUGAGACGCUUCACGGCAAUUCCCUUGCCGUCAGACCUACUACUGGUUGCGGCAGCCACUCUUUCUUCUCAUUUUCUCGAGCUCGACACCAAGCAUAACGUCCGAGUGGUUGGACACAUUACUCCGGGAUUCCCCAUGCCGCGCGUGCCCUCCCUCACCCAAUGGACAUCGCUGUUACCUGACGCUGCAGCCAUCGCAAUCGUCCAGUUUGUCGUUACCUACACAAUGGCAGAACUCUUGGGCCGGAAGCGCCGCCUCAAGACAGACGCCAGUCAGGAGAUGUUGGCGUACGGCAUGAGCUGUGUUGUCGGUUCAUUCUUCAUGUCUCUGCCAGCCGGCUCAUCACUGUCCAGGUCCGUCGUCCUCAAAGACGUUGGUGCGCGGACACAGGUGUCCGGCCUUGUCUCAAGUGUGUUCGUCGCGCUGACGCUGUACACCCUUUCUUCACUUUUCCGGCCAGUGCCCGAGUGCGUCCUCGCUGUGCUUAUCAUUGUCGUUCUACUUCCAAUGGUAUUCAAGCUGAGGAACCUGCCCAUGCUUUGGAGAAUCAGCCGUUUUGAUUUCGUACUUUGGUCGCUAAGCUUUGCGAGUGUGGUUUUCCUGAACGCCACGUACGGACUCAUGGCGGGCAUCCUUUUGGGUCUCCUGAUAAUCUUCCUAGAGCUCAGCGGGCAGAAAGGAUCACGCUUGCAACCUCGGAAACCAGAUGUCUUCGUCUCUUCAAAACUAACAUCAGAGGAAAACAGAGUGAUAAUCUACAGAUUCAGCGGUCCUCUUUGCUUUGCUACGCACCACAACAUAGUUUCCGAUAUUCUGAGCUUCUUCAAGCGCAAUGAAUCCAAGAUUGAAGAAGACUCCACGACGCUACAAGCAGUCGAAGAAGCCACCGGGGAAGCUGCAACGACCCGUGCUAUUGUGAUGGAUUGCUCAGCUAUCAGUUUCAUCGACUCGAGUGGACUUCGCGCUCUUGGUCUUGUUGUGGACAUGUGCCGCGAAAACAAGUGUGCCCUUUAUCUGGCUUGUUUACAAGAUACUCCACUAAAAGUCAUAAAAACUCAAGAAUCGAUGCUGCAGAACGUUGGCAUUCAGCAUAUCACCCCUACGGUUCAAGACGCAGUCGCACUAGCGAACUGUCAGCUACCUGCACGAAUUUACAGCACUCAGCUACAGACGUAUCUUUGACAGAAAAUAAAGUU